UUCUCUUGCAAACAUGGGAGAAGAGAAAAUCAGACAGCCAUUGUUGGAGAAGCAGUACUAUAAGGACUGCCCUGGUUGUAAGGUGGAACAAGCCAAAGAACUGAACCAGAGUGUAUCCAUUCGAAAUCUUUUGAUUAUUUGGAUGGUGGUGUUAUGUGCAACGCUGCCUAUAUCAUCUCUCUUUCCAUUUCUUUAUUUCAUGGUAAGGGAUUUUAAUAUUGCAAAGACAGAAGCUGAUAUUGGUUCUUACGCUGGUUAUGUGGGAUCUGCAUUCAUGCUCGGCAGAUCUUUGACAUCUAUAUUUUGGGGAAUUGUAGCUGAUCGCUAUGGCCGAAAACCUGUUAUAAUUAUAGGGGUUAUCUCAGUUGUCAUUUUCAACACACUAUUUGGCCUUAGCACAAGUUUUUGGAUGGCUGUUAUCACGAGAUUUUUUCUCGGAUGUUUGAAUGGUGUGCUUGGACCAGUAAAGGCCUAUGCUACUGAACUUUUUCGAGAAGAACACCAAGCUCUAGGACUCUCAACUGUCAGUGCAGCUUGGGGCAUAGGUUUAAUCAUUGGUCCAGCAUUGGGAGGCUAUUUGGCUCAGCCAGUAGAGAAAUAUCCGCGUAUAUUUCCAAAUGAUUCUUUUUGGGAUAAGUUUCCAUACUUCUUGCCGUGCUUUAUAAUAUCAGGAAUUGCAUUAUCAGUAGCUAUUGCAUGUAUCUGGAUUCCGGAAACACUUCACAACCACAAUGAUAGCAAUGAGUCCACAGAUGACACCGAAGCUUUAGAGAAUGGAAGCUGCGAGGCUGGCGAAGGCAAGAUAAUCCAAAAGAAUGAAAACCUCCUCCUAAAUUGGCCCUUAAUGUCAGCUAUCCUUGUUUAUUCUGUUUUUGCACUUCAUGAUGUCGCUUAUCAAGAGGUUUUCUCGUUAUGGGCUGUCAGUCCUAUGAGGCUGGGGGGUUUGAAAUUUACAACUGAUGAUGUUGGUAAUGUUCUUGCAGUAUCAGGUUUUGCACUUAUGAUCUACCAACUUACCAUAUACCCAUAUGUGGAAAAAGCUUGUGGACCUAUUACCAUUGCCCGCAUCUCUGGGGUGUUUUCCGUACCACUUUUACAAAGUUACCCCUUCAUAGCAAUGUUGUCAGGCUUAACACUAUACAUAGUGAUAAGUAUUGCUUCUAUUCUGAAGAAUAUUCUGUCAUUGACAAUUACAACUGGUUUAUUCCUUAUGCAAAACAGAGCAGUGGAGCAACACCAAAGGGGGGCAGCUAAUGGCAUUGCUAUGACAGCUAUGUCUCUAUUCAAAGCUAUUGGCCCUGCUGCAGGUGGUGCAGUAUUAACUUGGUCACAAAAGCGGAUGGAUGCUUCUUUCCUCCCAGGCACCCAUACGGUCUUCCUAGUCCUGAAUGUAGUUGAAAUACUGGGAAUACUAAUGAUGUUCAAACCAUUCCUUAGUGAAAAGAAGAAAACACACACAGAUCAGUUACAUUGAUAGCAAUUAAUCUUGCUUAAGACAUGCAUCAUUUCCGGGCUGUUGUCUAUUAUUGGGGACAGUGAUUAUAGCUAGGUGCAUUGUUAGCUUUGUCAUCAUGGCAACCAGUGAUGCGUGUUGUUAAAUUUAUAGCAGCAAUUGCUAACUCAGCACUCACCCCAACAACCAAAAAAUUUAAAAUAACAUGAGAAAGCAACACCAAAAAAAUUAAAAAUAAACAAGACAGAAAAAAGGAAAGCAAUGAAAGGAAAGUGGAAAGAAAAAAAUACCGGAUGUUAAUUGUACUUCUCUUAGUGGAUUCAUGAUUCUAUUUCAUGGCCUUUUAUAAAUUUCU